AUGGAACUGGAAAACUACACCAGAGUCCAGGAGUUUGUUCUCCUCGGUUUCCCCACUGCCAUGGAAUUUCAGAUACUGCUCUUUGUAAUAUUCCUUGUCAUCUACAUUCUGACCCUCCUGGAGAACAUUGUAAUCAUCACUCUGAUCAGGACAAACAUCCAUCUCCAAAAGCCUAUGUACUUUUUCCUUAGUCAUCUCUCUUUCCUGGAGACCUGGUACAUUUCCGUGACUGUUCCCAAACUCCUGGUUAACUUCCUAGCAAAGAACAAAAGCAUUUCCUUUGAAGGCUGCAUGGCCCAGCUCUACUUCUUCAUAUCUCUAGUCUGUGCUGAGUGUGUCCUCUUGGCUGUCAUGGCUUAUGAUCGCUACGUCGCCAUCUGCAACCCGCUGCGCUACACCAUCAUUAUGAAUGCCCGGCUCUGCCUGCAGCUAGCUGUGGGAUCAUGGCUUAUUGGUUUCCUAAUCUCGAUGCUGAAGGUCUUUUUCAUUUCCCGCUUGAAUUUAUGUGGACCUAAUAUCAUCAACCAUUUCUUCUGUGACAUCUCACCUUUGCUCAACCUGUCCUGCACAGACCAAACUGUGGCUGAGAUGGUAGAUUUUGUAUUUGCCCUCAUUAUCCUCAUAAUCCCCCUGUCUGUCACUAUUGGCUCCUAUGUGUGCAUUAUAGGGACCAUUUUGCGUAUCCCCACAGCCCAGGGAAAAAGAAAAGCCUUUUCCACCUGUGCCUCACACCUCACUGUAGUUGUUAUUUUCUACUCAGCAACACUGUUCAUGUAUGCCCGGCCAAGGAGAAUCCAUUCUUUUAAUCUCAAUAAACUUGUGUCCGUUAUAUACACUAUUGUCACUCCCAUGCUGAAUCCAUGCAUUUACUGCCUAAGGAAUCAAGAUGUCAAGGAAGCCUUGAAAAAGCUUUUGAGGAGGUCAGGUCCCAACAUAAUUUUGUUGCUUAAUCAGAUUCACCUCAAGCUGAGCUACAAUGCUUCAGAAUCUAUGGACUAUAAGAAUAAGAGUGAGGUCCGGGAAUUCAUCUUACUUGGCUUUCCAACCACCAUGGAACUACAAGUCCUUCUAUUUGUGGUGUUCCUUAUAGCCUACAUCCUGACACUGCUGGAGAACACAAUUAUCAUUAUUGUGAUAAAAAUCAACCCUCUGCUUAACAAACCCAUGUAUUUCUUCCUCAGCAACCUCUCCUUCCUGGAGACAUGGUACAUCUGUGUUAUCAUCCCAAAGCUGUUGGUCAACUUCCUGGUGGAAAAGAAGACCAUCUCAUUUGAAGGGUGCAUGACACAGCUCUACUUUUUCAGCUCCCUCCUAUGUACAGAAUGUGUUCUUCUGGCUGUAAUGGCAUAUGAUAGAUAUGUGGCCAUCUGUAACCCACUGCGCUAUCCUACUGUUAUGACCCAGCACCUCUGUAUGCAGCUAGCAGUAGGCUCAUGGCUAAUUGGCUUCUCGGCCUCAAUGCUGAAGGUUGUCUUUAUAUCUCGCCUACCUUUCUGUGGCCCUAACAUCAUCAACCACUUCUUCUGUGACAUUUCACCCUUGCUAAACAUGGCUUGUGAGGAUAUGACAGUGGCUGAAAUAGUGGACUUUGUAGUGGCCUUGAUAGUUCUGUCUGUCCCACUCUCAGUUACUAUAAUUUCCUAUUUGUUUAUCAUAGGCACCAUUUUGCGUAUUCCCACUGUCCGGGGCCGGAAGAAGGCCUUCUCUACUUGUGCCUCUCACCUCACUGUGGUCACCAUCUAUUUCUCAACCACUCUCUUCAUGUAUGCACGACCAAAGAGGAUCCAGCCUUACAAUCUCAACAAAUUGGUUUCUGUUAUAUACACCAUUGUCACUCCAAUGCUGAACCCUUUCAUCUACUGUCUGAGAAAUCAAGAAGUCAAGGGAGCUUUAAAGAAAGCUUUAUGUAGCAGAAGUGCCCUCCCCAAAAUCUCAGUGCCACUCACUAAUGCUGAAUGGGUCAGAUAG